AUGGACGACGACCACUAUCCACAUGACGGCUAUGAGCAGUUCGGCGUUCCACGCCGCACGUCGCAGUACGACAUGCUUCGGCCUCAGUUCAAGCAGCCGGGAAGACUAGUCGCACCUCGGGAUCGCUAUCGCGCCACUCAAUAUGACGACCCCCAGUAUGACGUGGUUGAGGACGAUAGUAUGUACGACCGAGGCCAGCAACUCGAUUCAUUCGAUGACAGAGUGCUUCGACAACCAUAUCCUGGCUUUCAGCGGCAAGCGGCACAAGGCAAGAAGAGAUUGUCAAUUGCACCAGGUCCUUCCACGUUCUUUAGUAAUGCGGCGCCUACUCAAUCGCAGCCGUCUUACCAGAUUCGUGACCAGGAUAUGUAUGAUGAAGAAGAGUACCAUGCGCGUCCUGAGCAGGCCAUGCGAGGUCAAAUGAGUCGCUUUGCCUACAAUGCCGCUCCGCUUCAAGAGUCCAGUUCCGACAUGCCGCUCGGCCCGUCUUCAAGUCCAGCACUCAGGGCAAGUCAGCGGCGUGCCGAGCAAGUCACUGAUUUCGGACCUCAACACGGCUCACAGGCCCCACCGUUCGAAGGCGACGGCCAUGUUGUUGCUGAAGAGUACCGGCAACAACAUGAGCGCUCCCAUGGAAAGGCUGCACUGCCCGGUUUUCGACCACAUGCUAGCCAGCAACCCGCAUCCGCCGCACAGCACAGAGGCGACCUCAAUCCUCCGCAUCAUCAAAAAGCUCACCCAGAGCCGCAGACGUACCCAGAAGAUGUGUCUAGCGCUGCUCCUAUGUGCCAGGGUAUCCGCCCGGUCCCUGUCACUACCCUACCAGAUCGUCUGCGAACGGUGUUUCCUUACCCGACCUUCAACGCCGUACAGUCCAAGUGUUUCGACCGGGUUUUCAGGACCGAUGACAACUUCGUGCUUGCAUCCCCUACUGGAAGUGGCAAGACCGUCAUUCUCGAGCUCGCUGUCUGUCGAGCUGUUGCCACGAACGCGACCGGCCAGUACAAAGUGGUUUAUCAAGCACCGACAAAGGCUUUGUGUGCAGAACGCCAACGUGACUGGGAAGCCAAGUUCAACAGGUUGGGUCUCAAAUGCGCCGAGUUGACCGGCGACAGUGACCUUGGGGAUCUACGCAACGUACAGAGCGCCAACAUCAUCAUAACAACACCCGAGAAGUGGGACAGCAUGACCAGGAAGUGGAAGGACCACGAGAAGCUAAUGAGACUCAUCAGGGUUUUCCUUAUCGAUGAGGUGCAUAUACUCAAGGAAGACCGUGGUGCCACGCUUGAGACGGUCGUGUCGCGGAUGAAGUCUAUCGGCACGGAUGUGCGCUUUGUGGCUUUAUCAGCGACAGUGCCCAACUUCCAUGACAUCGCGGCAUGGUUAGGAAAGAACUCGUCGGAACCAGAUAUCCCAGCCGCCAAUGAGAAGUUUGGUGAAGAGUUCCGCCCAGUCAAACUACGCAAGCACGUUCGAGGCUUUGCGUACAACUCCAGCAACGAGUUCGGCUUUGAAAAAGUGCUCGAUGCCAAGAUUCCUGAGGUCAUUGCUUCUCACUCCCAGCGUAAGCCUCUCAUGGUCUUUUGUGCAACCCGAAACUCCACAGUCAGUACGGCGAAGCUGAUAGCAAACUGGUGGGUCUCGGCAUCAGACCGAGAUCGCAUGUGGAAGCCUCCGUCUAAGCCACCCCUGCUGCUGAACAAGGAGCUUCGAGACGCCGUAUCUUCCGGUGUAGCCUUUCAUCACGCCGGACUUGAUCUCGAUGAUCGAACCAAGAUCGAAAAAGGUUUCAUCGCUGGCGAGAUCAGUGUCAUCUGCUGCACAUCCACGCUCGCCGUCGGAGUUAACCUACCCUGCCAUCUCGUCAUCAUCAAGAAUACCAUGGCCUGGGGUGCGGAAGGAAUGCAGGAGUACUCGGACCUGGAGAUGAUGCAGAUGCUGGGUCGCGCGGGACGACCUCAGUACGAUGACUCAGCUGUAGCAGUGAUUAUGACCAGGCAGGCGAAAGUCCGACGGUACGAAAUGCUGGUCACAGGCCAGGAUCUUAUAGAGAGCAAACUCCAUCUCAAUCUGGUAGAUCACAUGAACGCCGAGAUUGGACUUGGAACUAUUAGCGACCUAGAGUCAGCUCGGAAAUGGCUAAGAGGUACAUUUCUUUACGUUCGACUCCAGCAGAAUCCCAGUUACUACAAAUUGGACGGCGCUCGAAGUGGUCAAAGCAUCGAGGAGCAAGUUGACGACAUAUGCUUCCGCGACAUCACACUCUUGCGCGAGACCAAUCUUGUGUCAGGGCAAGGGUACUUCCGAUGCACCGAGUUUGGCCAUGCUAUGGCACGAUACUACGUACAUUUCGAGACUAUGAAAGUCUUCAUGGAACUCGGGCUGAAGUCGACUCCCUCGGAGAUUCUCUCUGCCAUCGCUCAAGCUGUUGAGUACUCUACAAUACGCUUUCGUCAAGGUGAAAAGGCAUUCUACAAGCUACUCAAUAAGUCCGCUUCAAUCCGCUGGGCUAUUCCCGUGAACCUUGAUCUACCAUCGCAGAAGGUAUCUCUCAUCGUACAAUCCGUUCUUGGGUCUGCCGAUAUCUCCUGGGAAGGCGAGGCCGGCAAGCAUCGUUCUCAAUAUACGACAGAGACACAGAUCAUCUUCAAGAAUAUUGGCAGUCUGAUUCGAUGCAUCAUCGACUGUCAGAUCGCCCUAGGUGACUCCAUCAGUAUCCACAGUGCUCUCAUGCUCGAGAGAAGUUUAGGCGCCAGAAUCUGGGACGAUAGCCCUCUCCAAAUGAAGCAAAUUGGAAGCAUCGGCAACGUCGCUGUCAGAAAGCUCGUCAAUGCUGGGCUAAAGUCCAUGGAAGAUCUUGAAGGAUGCGAGCCUUAUCGGAUCGAGGCACUCGUUGGUCGGAAUCCUCCAUUUGGCCUCGACGUGCUAGAGAAAGUCCGAUCGUUCCCGAAGCUUCGCGUCUCACUGCAAGCCCAGCCUUCGACAGCAAGUCUGCGAUCUUUCUUUGAAGUGCAUGUUCUAAUGGCUAUUCAGGCAAUCAAAACCCAUGAUGGGGUCAAAAUCCAGAUCAAAGCAGACAUUGGCUUCAUCAACGAGCAGCCGCCCCAGCGCUUCAACAACAAACUCAUAUACGUGUGCCUUCUGGUGGACACUUCCGAUGGCCGUAAGGUGCAUUUUGCUCGCAUCAGUGGCCCAAAGCUUGGGUCUGGCCAAAGCCUCACAUUCCCAGCGCUCUUGACAAACCCCGACCAGUCAAUCAACUGCUACGUCAUGUGUGAUGGCAUAGGCAUUAUGCGUGCCGCCGCCGUGAAGCCCCAGGUCGCUGUCUCUAUGUUUCCAACCCCAAAGCGUCUGGAAACGGAGCGGCCGACAUCACAUCAGUCUAAUAUGUCAAAACGACGCACGGAUAUUGCAAGACCAAGCCGAAAGGUGUCCGCCACCAGCGAUGACUAUGGAGAUGGUGAUGUGGAUGAUGAUGCUCUUGUCAACGCUUCCUUCCGUGAUCUUGACUUUGAUCACAUCGAGAACUACGCCGACCCUAUCGAUUCCAUCACACGGAAGAAUACUGCGAAGAACAAAGUGACCAAGAACAAGAAUGAUGGAAAGAGCAAACGACCGAUUGCUGCUGCUGAACACAACGAUCCGGAGCCAGUGCAGCUAGCCAAUGGCAAAUGGGCCUGUCAUCACUCGUGCAAAGAUCGAGAGGCAUGCAAGCACCAGUGUUGCAAGACUGGUAUGGACAAACCAUCGAAGAAGAAAGGUGUCGCCAAGCGUGUACCAUCGGGCGAAGAUCGACCUGAGCCGACGCAGCAACCACCGCCGCCGAAAGGCACAGAGAAGCAAACCAAGCUUCAGCUCACAGCAUCUAAGAGAAAGAUCUCUGCCCCAAUUGACGAGCUCGAUCUCACGCAACAAGAAAAGAAGCAGAAAGCCGACUAUGGCACCAACGGACCUAGGGACUACCGUGGCCUGCAUCAGCUGCACAGAACUAUCCAGGGCAAAGAGCUACCUUCCUCUCUCCAUUCCGUCAUGUACAAGAAGCCAGCUUAUUGCUACUCCCAAGGUGGCGAGCAUAGCCUUGACUUUAUGGGCCCUUCUGCUGCUGGGCCACAUUCGGCUUCUAGCGAUUACGGUGAAUUUCAGUUUGAUGAGCCAUCAGCCGACUUUGAUCAUCCUCAGCAUCGGUCUGCGCAACGAAACCCACUUGGUGACACAAAAGAGCCGGAAGAUGAUAUGGACUACGAGCUUGCAGCUCCUGUAGCCUCUCACGAAUCUGACGCCUUUGACGAUGACGACUCUGUCCUUCAAGAGGCUUUCAUCGGGCUUGCAGAUUCUCAAAAUCUUCAAGAGAUUCGUGGAAGCGACACUAAUCCCAUGCAGCCCUUCGAAAACGCCAUCAACGAUGACUACAUGGGUUACGGAGAAGGUGACAAGCAGAUGGACUCUAGUUUGAUCGGUUCCGAAGAUCACGUUCCGCAAAAGCCGGAGUUCAGUCAUCCCGGUUAUCCUCGCAAAGCACAAAUCAAGUCCUCUCGAUCGCCUUUCUUUGACAGCGAAGACAGUGCCGAACUUGAGAUUGCAAACGUCAUACCCGCAAAUGUAUCCACGUCGUCAAACAUGCAACAACGGACGGCUACGCCACGCGAGCUGCAUGUAGCCGGCGACCAACAAGACGCGUGUGUGGACGAGGAGGUAGCAGGCAUGUUGAACGUGUUCGGCGAUGAGCCGGCCGUUUUCUCACUGGUUGAGGAGAAGCCGGUACCUGAAGCUUUCAAGGGCCUGGAACCGUGGCUGUUCCAAGAGUUCGGCGACAUCGUGGAACUUGUUGAUGACUAG